GACUCCCCUGCAGCGCGGCGGAGAGCACGAUGGCGGCGGGGGAGCUGGGGAACUUGGGUGGAUACUCCUUCAGGUUUCUGCCUCAGAGAGCUUUCCCGUCUCUGAGCGCUCGGGAGAGCAGCAGUCGGCUCCGCCAGUGGUCCAUGCUGGGCAGAAUCCAGGCGCAAGCGUUCGGGUUUGACCAGACCUUUCAGGCAUAUCGGAAGGACGAUUUCGUUAUGGCUUUUUUCAAAGACCCAAAUGUUAUUUCCAAUUUGAAGUUACUUUCAGACUCUUCUAGACAGUGGAUUACAUUAGGUACUGAUGUGAAAAAAAUUGAAGCUACCGCUGUCCCUUGCACACAGCUUUCAAUGUCCUUUUUUCAUCGAUUAUAUGAUGAAAAUAUUGUACGAGACAGUGGACAUAUUGUUAAGUGUUUAGACUUUUUUUGUGAUCCAUUUCUCAUUUCUGAUGAGUUGCGAAAAGUUUUGCUUGUGGAAGACUCAGAAAAAUAUGAAAUAUUCAGCCAGCCAGAUAGAGAAGAGUUCCUGUUUUGUAUUUUCAAGCAUCUUUGCCUUGGUGGAGCCCUUUGUCAGUAUGAAGAUGUGCUUAAUCCAUAUAUGGAAACAACAAAGCUUAUCUAUAAGGAUCUGGUGAGUGUUCGAAAGAAUCCUCAAACGAAGAAAAUACAAAUUACCUCUUCUGUCUUUAAAGUUACUGCUUAUGAUUCUGCUGGUAUGUGCUACCCUUCAACGAAGAAUCAUGAACAGACAUUUUCUUACUUUAUUGUGGAUCCUAUUAAGCGUCACGUUUAUGUUUUAUAUCACUGUUACGGUGUGGGGGAAAUGUCUUAAUGCUCUUUCAGAUUAUAUUGACAAUAAAAUAUUUCAUUUAUAAACUUUCUAUUUUAGUACUAAAAUAUAGAAAAGUCUUUACUUUGCAAAUUAAUUCAAUUUUGGAGCACAAGAUCAAAUACCAAGAUGCUUCUCUUCAAGUUGAUCUGGAAUACCAACACAGAAGUCACAUUCUAUUCCUAGUAUAAUUUAUACCAAAAUUAUUAUAGAAUUUGAACAAUGAAUAUAAGGAACUGAAAAGUCUGAUUCAUAUUUGUUGCAUUAAGAUUGAAGUGAGUCAGGGCUGGCAGGU